UUUGCCUUGGCCAGCUAGAGCCUUUUGCGUUCAAUAAUCAUAAAGGCUUGCCAGCUUGGACUUCUUAUUAUGUUUGACAACUCGCAAUAUCCUUAUAACUGUUUUAACUAUGAUGGCGAUGGAUACCCCACAUGUGGCUCGGAUGAGGUGAAGAAAGUGUGCCGACCGGCUUACAGCUACAUUGCACUAAUAGCAAUGGCUAUACAACAGAGUCCAGAGAACAAAGUUACCCUAUCAGGAAUCUACGAGUUCAUCAUGAAGAGAUUUCCUUAUUACAGAUCCAACCAGAGGGCUUGGCAAAACUCAAUUCGUCAUAACCUCUCUUUAAACAGCUGCUUCAUAAAGGUGCCCCGUACGGAAGGUAACGAGAAAGGAAAAGGUAAUUACUGGACCUUUGCCACAGGCUGCGAGUCCAUGCUGGACCUCUUUGAAAAUGGCAACUUUCGCCGCCGCCGCCGCAGACGCAACUUAAAAAUGGGCCUCAAGGAGCCAAUGGAACCUUUUUUUGCCAUGGACAUUUAUCAGGGCGCUGCAGUAAGAUCCAUGGAUUCAGAUUCUCUCUGCCCUGUGAACACUAGUCAUAGUCUGGCCCAAAUCAACCCACCUCUCAGCAAACCUGAGCCUGAGAUCAAAUUUAGCAUUGACUACAUUCUCUCCACUCCGGACCCUCUUCCUGGGUUCAGAACCACUAACAGUGCAGCUGGAGCUGUGAUUCAUCACCUGGAGCCACAACAUCUAAAUCUACACUUCUGGACCAUGUAA